AUGACCCCACAGCAAUUUGUCAGCGGGUUCAAUGGCAGCAUUCCUGGAUGCAAGUGGCGGGGACAGCCACUGGGCUGCCAUUAUGUGGUCCCCAGAAAUGACCCUUACCUGCACAUGCGGUCAGAAGCUGUAUUCUAUCAUGGCCCGAAUUUGUGCCUUGAGUACCACAAGAAUGGGACUCGGGUGGUCAAGUCGACCAGGCGACAGCUGGCAGUGCUGAUGACCAUGGAGUCAGCUGCUUACUACCCCUGCUUUGACGACCCUGUCUUCAUGCAACCGUUUGAUCUGGAGAUCUCAUACAGGCGAGAGGCCCAGUUGCCGAUCAGCUACUUGAGGAAGGAUCAGAUAGACGGCUGGAGGCAUGAUGCAUUGGUGCCCUUUGAGCAGCGGUCGGACUCACCAGUCUAUGUGCAGAGCAACUGCAAGCCUCAGACCAAACGUGACAGCAUUGUGCGCUACCUGAUGACGUUCCCUGAACUCAACAUCAUGUCUUUUGGCAGGUGUUUGAAUACAGAGGGUAAGGUGAAUGGCACAACAGAGGACAAAGUUGACAUCUACCGCCGCCACAAGAUCUGCUUAGUCAUGGAGAAUAGUAUAGCGACGGAUUAUGUGACAGAGAAGCUGUAUGACGCAUUUGUGGCCGGCUGUGUGCCCGUGGCAUUUGGGUCGACUGCGGCGCUGCGAAAAGAGAUUCUGAGGGUGUCAGGGGACAAGGCGGUGUGGGAGAGCAAGGUGGCCUGGCGCAAGCAGCGGCUGGGACAGCUCAGCCCAGCAUUCCAGGCCCAGGUACUGGCACUGGCACAGCCGAGCGUGCAGUGUCAGCUGUGCGGCAUGUUGGCAGACCACCGUGCAGGCAACACAUCCCUGGCUGACCAAUUCCGAGACAGCUGGGAGUAUCGCAGCGAGGAGGCGAGGAGCCUGGAGUCGCGACAGUUCCUGCUGUCAAACUUCUUUGGGUAUUCAUGA